GCUUGCCAGACAUUUGUAGCACACAAACGUCACGGCACGGCACCCUUAUGGAGGGUAGAUCCGUAGUGUAGAUUGUACACAGACAGAUAGCGGCCACUUUCGUUUGGUCUAGAAACAGUUGAUUGCCUUUGCCGUAAGAAAUCUCGAAUUUGUGUACUAGUAGGUUAAAGGGGAAAAUAUCUGUGAUAUAAAAUUUAAUAGUUAGUUUUCAUCUAUUUUUGUAUACUGAAUGUUUACAUAACAUCACAUCAUCAAACAAAGUGGGAGAAAGAUUUGUUAUUCUCCUUAUUGAAGUUCUCUUGAAGCUUUACCCCUUUAAGUCUUGUACUGUUAAAACACAAGCCUGUAAAUAUGUCAGAUAAUUUUAGAGCCCGAGAUAUUGCUCUGAAAGCACAAAAAAAGAUUCUCAGUCGAAUGUCUAGUAAAGGUGUAGCGAAAGUCUUUGUUGAUGAUAAAAUGGGUUCUCUAUUGGAUAAUGUUUAUAGGCUCUGCAAAACCUAUACUCAAAAUAAAAAAGAAGCUGAAAAGAUUGUGAAGAAUAUCAUAAAAAUAGUGACCAAAAUAGGCUUAUUAGCCAGAAAUGAACAAUUCAGCCCAGAUGAGUUGGUCAUUGCAUCAGAAUUCCAAGGCAAAUUCCACAAAGCCGCAAAAACAGUGAUAUCAUUUUUCGAGGUGGAUUUCAGCUAUGACCAAAAAUUUUUGACUCAACUUUUGACUGAAUGCAAAAACCUUUUGAAGCAAAUUGUUCAACCACAUCUAACAGAUAAAAGUUUAGGAAGGAUUGAUUUGGUAUUUGGAUUUUUCUCGAAUCCUGCCUUUUUGGACACCGUUUUCAAGAAAAAUUCCGAUUAUACCGAGAUAAUGACCAAAAUCAUUUCAGAUAUGCAUAGUGCUCUUGAUCAAGGAGAGCUGUAAACUUUUCAUUGUAUUUUAUUUAUGAUCCAGUGAUUAUGUAUAGUGCCUUCAUGAAAACAUGAUUCCCAUAGAUAUCAGAAAUGCUAUCACCCCACAAAGGACUUUCCAUUUGUUUGUAUAUGCUCAUUUCAACAUAUAUUGUAAUGCCUUACAUUCCAUUCACUUUUCUUUGACAUCUGUUUGCGAACGAAAGGAAAACUUUGUAUCGGAAUCCCUUAUGUCCGUUCUAUUUAUCUUUGCUUUGCUUUUAAGAUGGUGGGGCUAUAAAAUUAUACUUGUCUAAUGUA